UUCCCCUUGUAAGUCACGUAGCACAGGGUCAGGAAUGGUUUGGCUUCAAAAUGUGGCUUUUUUUUCCUGCUCCCUCCUUCAGCUGCACUUUUCCCGCGACACACUUCAGUCACAAGAUGAAUGCAGUCAGCUACAGCAUGACAUAGACAAGCUAUAGACAGUUGAGAGAGGAAGAAGUCAGUGGCACCCUCACCUCAGACAAGACAAAGCUAACAAUUGAUAAUGAAAGACACACUUCAGUCACAAGAUGAAUGCAGUCAGCUACAGCAUGACAUAGACAAGCUAUAGACAGUUGAGAGAGGAAGAAGUCAGUGGCACCCUCACCUCAGACAAGACAAAGCUAACAAUUGAUAAUGAAAGCGGUGCCUGAGAAGCGAUGCCUUCACCCACGCAGUUUUCACCACGAUGGAGGAGUGCCCACACUUCCAGGACCUUACUGUUAAGAGGUUCCUGAAGACCCUACUUGAGCACAACCGCCGAGACAUUCUCUCCAAGCUGGAGAAGUUUGUGCGCCUGAAGCCAGGGAGUGAUGCUGCUAAGACCUUCACUGUCUAUCCAGAGGGAUCCGCAGGUGCUGGUGGUGGAAUCUUGCUUGGACAGUGUGCCUGUAACACACAGGCACAUUUCUCCAAAAGGUUGACGCUGUGCUGCCGGUACUGUCGCCUCAGCUUCUGCGUCAGAUUCAGAACAGAGACUUCAGCAGAGAGAUUCAGAACAGAGACUUCAGCAGAGAGAGUGAGUGGGAGAAACGCUACAACUGCUUUGCCCACUCGAUGAUGCUAGACCAGCAUGUGGAGUACGGGAGCAAGAAUGGGUUCUGCCGUGCCGUUUGUCCUGCCAGAUUCCCGGAGGAGGUGACAGAGAAGAGACCUUGGGAGACUUCUGUAAAUGAGGAGCAACAAGCACAUCUGACUGGAGCCUUUCAGGAACCAACAGUCAGAACUUUGUCUUCUUCUGCCAGCACACAUACUGUCUGUGCAAUCAAGGCUGUGUGAUGGUGGUGCCCCAUUGCGGGGUCUGAUGUGUCUACAGCUAGUGCUGGGUGUGUCCUCUCUGCCUGGUACUGCAGGCUAAUGUGUUUGCCUGCUUCAGUGCAAAUCUUGCAAGCCAGAUCUACCAGCUGUCUCUAGUGUAGUGUCUAGGAUGCUUUAAAUUUGUGUUUUUAUGUAUAGUAUGAGAUAAAAUUACAACAAUGUGGUCGUGUAAGUUAUUUGCAUUUUGUAAGUUAUUUUGAUGGUAAACAAUUCAUGCCCUCAGGUCAAAAAAGAAAAUCAGGAUUGGCCAAAAAUAGUCAAAGUUUAAGGUGAGACUUGCACAUAGAAGCCCUGUCCAAGCGACUCUGGUGGGAUGGGGCUUCUAUGUGCCAGCCUCAUCUUAAACUUAGACUAUUUUGGGCCGACGUGACUUUUAAAGUGUUAUAGCGUGAAAAAAAACAUGUAUAAUAACCAAGACAUUCCCACUCACUUUGUUAGUUGAAUGGCCAGUCUGGUGUAUUAACAACAGACACAUUCUCCCCUUUGCCUCAUUAAAAACAAAAGAGCAUUGGUUCUUGGAAAAAUUAAGAUUUGAAUACUAUAUGAUACCUGAUUGUAACCCUCUAUAGUAACAACAGAUUUUUUGUUUAUUUUUUACUUUUUUACUUUGAACUUACUUUAAAACUGUCAAUUUUGCUGUCCACAUUUCUAUAUGAUAUUUGAUAUGAUGAUAUAAUGUUAACCAUAGGAAAAUAGGGAAGUUGCAGGCAGCCAUUAGCCCUUAACAUGACAAUCCCUGUAUGAUUUUUGUUGCCCUUGGCCAGUGUCCUUCCUACAUUAAAAAAAAAUAAAAGAGAUAUGCCUA